UUCAUGCAAUAGGCAUCCGUAUUUCAGGACCAGCCUUAUCGUUAUUGGACGAGUACAAUGUCGUAAGCGACGUUAAGCCUGUUCGGGGAGGUCCCUCGCCAAAGGAUCGGAGGAGGGGUGUUUGUCGUGGUGGUGGUCAACGCUUUUAGUGCCACGCAUCAUCUCACCUCAGAUUCGGGUAGUUUCAUCUUGGCGUGAUAGUACUCACUGCAUCUCAUUUUCGACGGCUUAACACUCAUACAUCGUCUCAUCUACAAUCGCAAUAAUGACCGAACUGGAGAAGGAUGGUGAAGAUACUCUCUCGGCUGAGAUUGAGACCACGAACGUGCAUGAGCCUCAAACCGCACUUCAUCUACAACCACAAUCAGCCUUCUUCUCAGCUCUGCCCCUCGAGAUCCGUCAAAACAUAUAUAGCCACCUUUGGCAAGCCGCCGGAUCAAUCCAACACGUGUAUAAAUCCAGCGCUUCCCCUCUAGCGCCCCUCUCCCACUGCCGAUGCAUCGCCGACCUGGACGCCGAGGACAUCCGCGAAACCGAGCUCUCCCGCGUCCUCAACACGCCGCCCGCGGACCCGUCAACGCUACAGGAAGGUGUCGGACCGGGAUCCGCAGAGGAAAAAGAGACGAUCAAUACUUGGCGCUUCCGUAUCGUUUCGUCGUGGUGUAACCACUGGACUUGUGAAGAGGAGCCACCUAUUCUGCGAGAACUCGAGCAACCCUCGCUGGAAGACGAUAAGGGGGAAAAGUCAAAGGAUGGCUCCAAGGGGAAACGACGUCAGAUUCUCGUCAAGGAGUUCAGCCCGUUCCUAGCCAUCCUUCUUACCUGCAAGCGCAUGCAUCAAGAAGCAGUCGACGCCAUCUACAACGACACAACCUUCUCCUUCAUCAACACAGACGCCCUCGCCCGCUUCCUCGGCACCACAUCCACAACCUCCCUAUCCCGCAUCAAAAAGCUGCACUUCACAUGGCGAGCCCCAAUAGAGACAUAUAUGGACCCCGAAGAAGACGAAGUCAUCGCCGAAAGGAUCAAAUGGAACGACACAUGGACAUCCGCCGCCGAAAAGCUCCCGCGCCUACAGGAGCUCCGGAUCUGGGCGUACCCUUACUACGCGCGCUACCCGACUCCCUUCGAGGAGUGGUUUGAGCCGCUGCACCAGUUUGGGCGGAACAAGAUGCCCGUGUCGCGGUUCCAUGUCUCGUUGCGCUGGUUCCAGAAUGUGCCGGAGCCGGAUACGGGGCCGGUGGAGUUUUUGGAGGCUGCGCCGUUUGGGUAUGAGAGGAUCCCGCCGUGUCAGGAGAAUCCGUUGCACUUUCACUGGCGGAGAUUGAUUGGGUUGGGGCCGGAUGAGCCGAGGGUGCCGAUUACGAGGAGGCAGGGGAAGAGGAGGUAUGUUGGGAGGGCUUUGUAGAUAUUUCGGAAAACAUAGACUUUUCGACGUGGCGUAGCAAGUUUACUUUUCAAGUUUUCGUCAUUUUGGGUUCAAUGUUAUCAUCCACUUGGCCUGAUCUAGAAAAUAUACACUGCAAGCGCAGCAAAUGGUGCUUUCCAUGUAUCAGACCGGAUCUAGAUCCGAGUUCGUUUAGAAGGAGGCUUGUUUGGUCGGGGUCACUACAAGCAUCUUUACGUCGUGAUGAUGGGCUUGUGUGAAGUUGUCCUUCCGCGUAAAUAUCUUCAUCAGGUUGCAAAGC